UGGUCAUAUUUUAAUUCCACCAAUUGUUCUAUUGGUGAAGUCUUCUUGUUGUACAAUUCUGAAUUUGAAAUUUUUAUUUUUAAUUAAUUGGUAUGCCAGUUCGGAUUUUUGGAGUCACAGGAAUGUUGGUGUGGUUCCUAGUUGUUGUAAUAUUUGUGGUCUUUGCGGUGAUCGAAAGAUUAUAGUGUAUCUUCAUUGGUAA